UCCUUUAUCCAUCCCCUUGGAAACAAGUUCCAUUCCAAGCCCUCCAACACAGCACAUGCAACCACUGAUUCAUUUGCAACGCCCAUUAAUAUUAAUAUUAAUAUAAUCUGCCGCUCCACAGAGAAAAGAGAAAACACAGACACAGAGCACCUUCCAUCGCUCCCCUCGUCAACAUGAAGAUAAUGGUAGCCAUCAAGCGAGUGGUCGAUUACGCCGUCAAAAUAAGGGUCAAACCCGACAAGACUGGGGUGGUAACCCAGAACGUUAAAAUGUCCAUGAACCCCUUCUGCGAGAUCGCGUUGGAAGAAGCACUGCGAAUCAGGGAAUCUGGGUUGGCCUCCGAGGUUGUCGCCGUCAGCAUGGGGCCCUCUCAGUGUGUCGACACUCUCAGAACUGGUCUUGCCAUGGGGGCUGACAGAGGCAUUCACGUCGACUCCAAUGUUUCUCUCUAUCCACUCUCUGUUGCCAAGAUUUUGAGAAAGCUUGUGGAGAUUGAGAAACCCGGUCUUCUCAUUCUUGGCAAACAGGCCAUUGAUGAUGAUUGCAAUCAAACCGGGCAGAUGAUAGCAGGACUUCUCAACUGGCCUCAAGGGACUUUUGCUUCAAAGGUUGUCCUUGAUAAAGAGAAACAGGCCGCCACAGUGGACAGAGAGGUUGAUGAUGGUAUUGAAACCGUGUGUUUGAACUUGCCAGCAGUAAUAACCACUGAUCUGAGACUGAACCAACCAAGGUAUGCUACUCUUCCCAACAUAAUGAAAGCAAAAUCGAAGCCCAUUAAAAAAUUCACUCCGGAGGAGUUGAAUGUGGAAAUCAAAUCUGAUUUGGAGAUUGUUCAAGUAACAGAACCUCCCAAGAGAAAAGCAGGGGUUAUUGUUUCUUCAGUGGAUGAGCUGAUUGAUAAACUAAAAAAUGAGGCUAAUGUCAUCUGAUUAUUCCCCACAUUGCUUCAACUUACUUCUCACCAAAGGUUAAAUAAUACUGUACCAACAUUCUGUUAUAUGAUCAAAUGACACAUCAAAUUUAAUACUUUUCUUUUUUACUUUCGUGUAUUUAUCAUCAUAUCCUACAUAAUAUACAAUCGUUGCAGCAGUCUGUUGAAUGCCAACUACGUGGAAUCAGUGCAAGUCUUGUAAAAAUGUAGUUUGUUUUUAGGACUACCUGCCAGUUUUUG